AUGAAGUUAAAUGAUUUACCUGAUGAGAUUCUUCUUAUUUUGAAGAAAUUCGACAAUACUGAAGUGCUCUACUCAUUCAUAGGUGUUAAUAAACGAUUUAAUAAACUUGUACAUGAUUCAAUUUUUACGAAUCAUUUAACAAUGACAAGAUGUUCUUCUAAUGGUUCAUUCGAUCGAUUAGAUAAUCAAAUGAAACAAUUACCCAACCUAAAACUUGUUUUGCUCUAUUCUGAACAAGAUACAGAUAAGUAUAAUGAAUUGAUUGUGCCACUUCUACAUCGAAUGAUCAAUCUAGAAGAACUCGAUUUACAUUUUGUUGUGUAUUGUAAGAAAAGAUUUAUUGAUGGUUAUGAUUUGAAAUACAAUAUUAUUAAUAAUUUAUUACAAUUAAAUAAAUUUGUAUUUAACAUAGGAUCAUGUCUGCCUCUAAAUGAUCAAGCUUAUUUAUCAUUAAAUGAAGAUUGUCAACUUUCAUUCAAUGGUUUUAAAAAUAAUAAAAUUAUUUCAUGUAUUGAUUAUUUCCCAGAUCGUAAAGAAGGUUAA